CAAGUGGGCUGCAGUGGGUGCAUUGAGUUGCGCCAAAAUUAUGAGUCGACUGCUGCCCUAACUACUCCAAGGGUGACACAGAUUGGCUUCGAGUCACUUCAGCUUCUCUCGCAAACGACACAGCGAUUGUACCCAUACACCCUUCAAACCAUAGCUCUCAGCGUGGAGCGACUAGACAUCUACUCAAUCGACACAACCGACUCGACCGUAGUCUCCAAAUAUGGCGGAAGCGGUUAAGGAUGCCGUCAGCCAAGUCGCCGAGGGUGUGAAGAAUCUUGCCGUUGCUGGGGAGCAAAAGGCAGAGCAGAAAGCCCCUAAACCCAAGAAAGAGAAGAAGCAGAAGGGUGGAGACAGUGAUGGCCGGCCUCUAAUGCUCGACCCAGUACCGGAAUACAUCGAUCAUCGAGUCCAGAUCUUCGAGAAGCUCAAGGCCAAAUACGACGAGGAAGUUGCCCAGAAGCCCCGUGAGAAGAUCACCGUCACACUCGAAGAUGGCAAGAUGUUAGAAGGAGAAUCAUGGGUCACUAGCCCCGCUGAUAUCGCGCGAGGCAUUGCCAAAAGCUUGUUCGAGCGCACCGUUAUCGCUCGCCUCGACAAAGGUACGGCAGAGGAGACUCUCUGGGAUCUUGAGCGACCACUCGAGAAGAGCUGCAAGCUGGAGCUCUUGCCAUUCGAGCAUCCAGAGGGCAAGAGGGUCUUCUGGCACUCGAGUGCGCAUAUUCUCGGAGAGGCUUCCGAGCGCAGAUUUGGUUGCGACCUCUGCAUUGGGCCUCCAAUUGAGGAUGGCUUUUACUACGAAAUGGCCCUGCCUGAGAAGGCGGCUGUAGAGCAGUCAGACUACAAGCCACUUGAGACCAUUGUCAACAGCAUUGUCAAAGAGAAGCAGCCCUUCCAGCGGCUCAGUCUUUCGAAAGACGACUUGCUUGAGAUGUUCAAAUCCAACCCAUACAAGCAACACAUUAUCAAGGACAAGAUCGCCGACGGCACCUCCACUACUGUAUACCGUAACGGACCUCUCAUUGAUCUUUGCCGAGGACCUCACGUACCGCACACAGGACGAGUCAAGCAGUUCAAGGUUAUGAAGAACUCGGCGUCAUACUUCCUUGGAGAUGCCAACAACGACAGCUUGCAGCGCAUCUAUGGUGUAUCUUUCCCAGACAAGGACUCGAUGCAUGAACAUCUGAAGUUUCUCGAGGAGGCUGCAAGGCGCGAUCAUCGAAAAAUUGGAAAGGAACAAGAACUAUUCUUCUUCCACGAGGCCAGUCCUGGUUCAUGCUUUUUCCUCCCUCACGGCCAGAUCAUCUACAACACAUUGCAGGCAUUUCUUCGUGAAGAGUACUGGAACCGUGGCUACCAAGAAGUUGGGUCGCCUAACAUGUUCAAUUCUUCCCUGUGGAAGGUCUCGGGUCACUGGCAGCACUAUGCCGAGGACAUGUUCACUUUCGACGUUGAGAAGGAAAAGUGGGCGCUGAAGCCUAUGAACUGCCCCGGUCAUUGUCUGAUCUUCAAACAUCGGGAGCGAAGCUACCGAGAACUACCGAUCCGUAUGGCCGAUUUUGGCAUUCUUCAUCGAAACGAAGCAAGUGGUGCUCUUACCGGUCUUACACGAGUUCGUAGGUUCCAACAGGACGACACCCACAUUUUCUGCACACAGGAUCAGAUUACUGAAGAGAUUUCGGGCCUUUUCGAUUUCCUGAGAGCUGUCUAUGGAAAAUUCGGCUUUACCUUCAAGUUGAAGCUGAGCACACGUCCGGAGGGUUUCCUAGGCGAGAUCGAGACAUGGAACAAGGCAGAGGCAAAGUUGACUGAAGCCCUUGAUCAGUUCACGGCUGGAGGUGGUGGUGCUUGGGAGCUGAACCCUGGUGAUGGCGCCUUCUACGGUCCCAAGAUCGACAUUACGAUUUCUGAUGCACUCAAGCGAGAGUUCCAGUGUGCUACAAUCCAGCUCGACUUCCAACUUCCCAACCAGUUCGAGCUUGAGUACAUGACUUCUGAGGUCGCAACGGCAAAGUCGAAGGAUGACAAGACCAAGGAAGAGCAGCCAAAGGCAGAGACCCAGAAGGACGAAAAGAAGGAGGGCGAUGCGCUCACAAAGAAGAUCCCUCCACCACAGCCAGGCUACGCUCGUCCAGUCAUGAUUCACCGCGCUAUUUAUGGUUCAUUCGAGCGGUUCAUUGCUAUUCUGACAGAACAUUUUGCUGGCCGCUGGCCAUUCUGGCUCUCCCCUCGCCAAGUCAUGGUUAUUCCCGUCAUGCCUUCUGCAAACGACUACGUCAAGGAAGUGCAGGCCGAACUCCGCAAGCAACGCAUUCACGCCGACAUCGACAUCAGCGGCAACACCAUGCAGAAGAAGAUCCGUACCGCACAACUAUCUCUUUACAACUACAUCAUGGUUGUAGGAGCAGAGGAGCAGGAGAAGAAGGCAGUCAACUGGAGAAACCGUGACGACCAGGCCUCGCAACAGCGUGGUGAAGUCGUCCCACUCGACGAGGCAAUCAAGAAGCUGGUGCAGUUGAGAGACGAGCGACGCAUUGAGAACCAUAUUUGAGAGAGAUAUACCAGGGGUGUGAUGUGAGUAGAUUAGUAGGCAUACGAGGGAAUGAAGAUACGAUGCAAUGAGAUAAGUGAAUACAAUGUUCGCUAGCAUUCUUCAAAGGAUGGAUUUCUCGGUACCAUGUACCCUCGAGAGUUGACGUCAAAAUAUUACAACUGGUUUCAACCGAAAACGGUCGAUGAAAAUCAUGAAGUGAUAUUGUGCAUUGACUGCCUACUCUGUAUCAGAAUCAACUAAAACUUGAUGAAAAAGGUGCACUUGAGUUGUUUUCAUUAUACACAGCUGUAUCAUCUUCGUUACCUCUCGGUAACUUCAAACUUUUUAUAGAAGCAGAUAGACGCAACACAGUAAGACCCC